AUGGGAUUUUCUCUUAGUAAGUCUGCCACUCAGGUAUCUGCUAUGUAUAUGGAUUCAAAAGUGGAUGAUCACUUAAUGGGAGGGACUGAGAAAAGCAAGUUGGAACCAGUGACUCAGUUAUUUCAGAACACCAAGAAAAUAAGAUUAGAAGACACAAACCAGGAAAACACUACAAAAAGUAAAGAGACUGGCACAGGAUCUCUUUCAGAGAAAGCCCUGGGUUCAGUGGUCUAUGUUAAAGAAAGUGAUGGGCUAGAAAUGACAGACAUGGAAUGA